GACCGCCGAGACGACAGCGAUCCCAUUCGCCGGCCCGAGCCUGGGACGCCAUAUCGCGGCGGCGGUUGCAGGCUGGAUCCAUCGAUGGCCGCAGCUGGUGGCUGUGGUGUGAGUCCGUGAGUUAGAGCUGCUGCUGAUGUCGGUCGUGAUGAUGCCACUGAGGCUGGAUCUUGUUCUUGUCCUUGUUCUUGUCCUGGUUCUGGUGGCGGCGCUGACACAACAAUGGUGUGCGGGUCAACGUCUUCGCCUUCGUCCUGCCUGGGAGACGCAGCCGUUCGCCGCCAUCGCGAUGAUCGCAGGCGGUUGGGAUUCAUCGUGGAUGAGCUGGGGGAGAGGAAAUGGACGGUGCAGUAUCAGGUCUGAGCGGGUGGCUGGCGACACAACAUAAAGGUAAGGUAUGGAGCGGUUGUGAACCCUGCUUAGUCAGGGCAAAGGGAAACAAAACAAGCAAAGCAACACGGGCGUCGAGUCCAGGGAAGAUGCGGCUAAAUACAGGAAAUGAUAAAAUGAGAAUGAAGAGUCGUAAAAGAAACAAGAGAGAGAAAACAAACACGCAGUCAAUUCGAUUGCCAGAGGAGGGAGGGAGGGAGGGAAUAAAGGGAAAUAGCAGCAGAUGGCGAUCGAUGAUCAAUUCAGAACUGACUCUGACUCUGACUCUGACUCUGACAAACAGAACCAGGACAGACCAGGACAGACCAGGACAGACGGGACAGACGCCCAACAAUCAGCGGUGAUUUGCCGCCGCGAAUCAAUUGAUUGCCGCCUCUUGUUCUCGUCCUCCGGGCGGAGCGACGGAUCCU